UCUUUUUUUCUUUUUUUUACUUCUAUUGAUCUGUUCUCUUACCUCUCUGUCCUUUGUAUCUGCUGCACAAUAAUUGAUUACUUUGCUGAUGCUCAUACAAUAUGGAUUUCUUUUGGACCCCCAAAUGCUCCAUGUUGAAUAUUUGGCACAUGAUUUACUGUACAAUUAUGCCUUUUCUUGAUCCGUGUGGAAACGGAUAUAUAGGUUGACAUGUUUGACAUAUGGAGACAUAGGUACGUGCAUAUAUGCAUCAGCUGAUAUUCAUAUUUUUUCUUUAUUUGUACAAUUUUAUGUUCAACAAUGUUUUAGAAUCCUAUUUGCAGAUUAUAUGUUUGAAUCUUUUAUGAUUGUUGAAAGUCUGCGUGACUUUCAUAUGUUGAAAGGCUAGUGUUACAGACCCAAGGGAAAACGGUUGCAAUUGCAAUCCAUGAUGUACCGUAAUCCAUUAUUUCAAAGCUCUAGUUUGGCAGUUUCAAAGCUCUAGUUUGGCAGUUUACCUGCUUCAAAACUCUAAACCUUGCCAAAAGAACGUGGACACAUUGGACAGCAUGUCAGUAACAUGAUGUAUAAUUUUGUCUUAUUUUAAUUAAUUUUCUGCAAUGCCAACAUUUCAUAUACCAUUUAAGGUUCAAUGCAUAAACUUCUCUUCUCAAAUAGUUCAACUUUUAAGGGAAAACUUGGGCAUCUUGACUUGGAAAGAGCCCUUAUUUUCAUGUCAUGACAUCUCAGAGGUCAAGAAGGGAUAGAUGGUGAUUCUUCUCAUUACAAUGCGAGGGUGGAUGCUGGUGCUGGACACUUUUAAGUAUUCAUACUAGUUUUGAAAAUACCUUAAAUUUGACAUAUCUGAUAGCACAAUGCAGCAUUGGUGGCACAUCUUAUUUUUGCAUCUUGCAAAGCAGGCCUCCAAGUUGCAUAUAGUAGCCUGCAUAGCAGGUAUCUUUACUAGAUUUUAUGGAGAUGAGGUUUAGGCAUAUUUUAACUCAUCUCCUCGUAUGUACCAGUGGAUUGGGUCAAUAUGUAGGUUGCCUUUAGUAGCAUGUAAUUGAAUAAGCCAAUAGCUACAUUGAUCAGAGUACUCGAGGAAGUUGACAAUUUUGGUCUUCAUUUGCUAUAUUUGUCAAUCUGAACCCAAAUGGUGUGACCUGGAAUUUGAUGUUUUCAAAUUGUUGUUGCAGUAUCCUGGGAUAUUUAAAGUUGUAGCCUUCAUAUUCUUGAAUGAUUAUGACUGAUCCAGUCCUACUAAUUUAUCCCAUAUUCCUGAACUGGGAAUUGCUGAUGCCUGAACUUGCGCUUCUCUUUCUGAAUGCUCUCUACUCCACUUUUCACGGAGUAGAGUAAGAGCUAGUCAAUGUGGAACAUAUUAUUCUAACUGCUGGUAUACUGUCGGCAUGGAUUAAGUUUUCUACUAAACAAGCUAUUCCACAUUGAAUUGCAAGACUAGUCAUAGAGUGUCUUAAAAAAUCAUCCAUCAUCAUAGUUGAUACUAUGCAAGUAUUUUCAUAAUAUUACUUAAUAUAAUGUGACAGUAACCUUUGAUUCCAUUACAUCAUUCCCGAGGUGCAUAUAACAUGUGUUUGCAGAUGAUGAUACUUAUUUGAUAUUCUUUACUGUUUCCAAUGAACUAACCUCUUUGCUCAAGUCAUCAAAUUGCUAGAAGUAAAAAAAUACACAUUAUAGAAAGCAUGCUGCUCACGCCAUGGCCCACCCAACCCCGUUUAAAUGAAAUAAGGAAAUAGUUGUCUGCAUAAAGUUCAUUCUAUGAAUGCUUGGCUAAGGAUAAGCUUUUUGGCGAGAUAUGUAAUUACAAAUCUGUUUUCAUAUGCACUUUUAUCAUUGUACUGUACACAUCAACAAACUUAGAAUUUUUAUACGAGUUAUUGUUACUCUCAAUUAUAAUCUUGUUCCUUCCUUUCAAAGUAGGUGGUUUGUCACUUUUCAAUGUAUUGGUGCAAUAGAACAAAUUUGAAAUGGAAGUUUUUCAUUGAAUAUGAUCUGAAUUGCAUGUAAGAGAAAAUCAAAAAGUGGUAUGCAUGCUUAUUGUUUAUUGUAAAUCCAACUAUUGGCUUUGGGUCUCUCUGAAUGCCUGUUCAGCUUUUACUUUUAUCCACAUAAUCUAUGUUUCUGUAUUCACAGGCCAAUUGUUUCUCAGGUAUGCUUUCGUUAAAAGAUCUUGCAGACAUGAUAGCAGCAAAGUUGCAGGAACAUUUGUUUGUAGGGGCAGAAUUGCAUGGAAAGAGAAAGAAAGGUGAUCUCUGCCCUUGCAAGAUAUUAAAGGUUUUGGAGGACAGUUCUGUUAAAACAAAAUAUGAGUAGGAACAGUUUGAAGCCUUUUAUUCGGAAAUCUACACGCCAAAGUUUUCCUUGGGUGCUUCAUGAUAAACUGGCAGAAAAAUAUCAAAUAUCAAGGGAUCCACCGCAAGAUCUAAAAGGCAAAGUUUUCAUUCAGGAUGGAGUAGUUUAUAAUAAAAGAAAGAAAGAUGCAAUGGAGGUAAAAGACUCUGGAAAACUUAAGAAGAAAAAAGUAGAAGCCGAGGAAGCUGAGGCCACCAAGAAAGAAGAUAAUCAUCAAAAGGAAGAGCCUAUCAAGUAUCCAAUUGAUGAUCUUUUGGUGCAGCCUGAAACAGAUGAUCCAGUCUUUACAGUCCGCCCUUUGCCUUCUAGGGACUUUAAUGUUCCAAUGGAUGGUGUUGGGGAUCUUCUAAUGGUUUGGGAUUUUUUAUCCUCCUUUAGUAAGCUGUUGCACUUGUGGCCAUUCUCUCUUGAAGAUUUUGAAAAUGCCAUUUGCCGUAAGGGUAGCAAUGUGAAUCUCAUUGUCGAAACACAUUCUUCUCUUAUUCGGUUACUAAAAAGUGAGAAAGAUGAAUGUUUUUCAGCUGUUCAGAAAAGAACCCGAGCAUUGAAGAUAACAUUAACUAAUUGGACAGACUAUCUGUGUGAUUUCUUAGAGAUCAUCAACAUCGGUGAUUUAUCCACUCACAUAACAACAAUUAAGCGGGGGCACUAUGGCCUUCUCGAUGCUCAAGUCAAAUUAGGAAUCUUAAGAGAAUUGGUUAAUCAAGUCCUUGAAACAGAUAUCGCAAGGGAGAAGUUGGCUGGGCAUGUUGAAGAGCGGCAGGUACUCUUAUCAAUGAAGAGAGGGGAAGCACUGGAGGAGGGCAGGAAAAAAAGAGAAGAAAAAGAAUGGUUGAAGGCCAAGUCUGUUGAUAAUGGAGCAACGAAUGGGCAUGGUGUGGAUAGCACAGGAAACAAUCAACCUGUGUUGUCAAAUGGGAAUCACAGUGGUCAGAACGGGCAGAUUGCAAAAAACAAGGGAGAAGCCUUUUCAACCAGACCAAACCAUGCAUCAAACAACAGGAGGCAUUUGGAGAUUGAAUCAAAGAAAACAGGCAAGAAGAAGAAUAUGGGUAUGGAAAGCCAAGCAGAAAAGGGGAUAGAUUUAACCAAAAAAGAAGCAUUGCUACUGCUGAGGGAUGAAAAAAUUGCUGCAUCAACAUGGAGCAUCAAAGAGCGAAGGAGAGCAUAUUUUGAACGUGAGCUAGAGAAACGAAUCCUGCAUACCAACCCUCUGGGUAAAGACAGAGAUUAUAACAGGUAUUGGUGGUUCAAGCGUGAUGGGAGGGUUUUUGUUGAGAGUUCUGACUCCAAGCUUUGGGGCUGUUAUUGUUGCAAGGAAGAGAUUGAUGCAUUGAUGGGCUCACUGAACCCCAAGGGUGUGAGAGAGAGGGCUCUUCAAAAGCAGGUGGAGAAAUUCUACAGUAGAAUUUGCUUGGAACUCCAGAAGAGAUCAAAAGAUUUGGCUACCAAAAUUGCAUUGGAGGAAGCUGUGCAUAGGAGAUCUACACGUGUCCGUGCACUACCAAGAGAGAAUCCUGCUAAUGCUUUUCUCAAUUAUGUUAACAGGUGGAAAGAAGACUGACACAGUUUUGCGAUUAUAUUCAAAGGCUCAAUCUCUGGUCGAGUUUAGCUUAGGUCCUAUACAAAUAUUUUAAGGUUGGAAUGUGGGAUAUGUGAGAGUAAGAGAUUUUUACUAUGUUAUCGGCAAUUCAUUAUUUUGUUGGUCGGAAUCUUGGGGCGAUGAGUGAGGUAGGAGUAAUGAAAGGGACAGGGGCAGUGGCCAUCAAGAGAACAUGGACGGGAGAGUAUUUUUUUGUCCAUUCCCUCUUAACGUUUGACAAUCUUGUAUCGACACUAGCCUCAAUUUUUGUAAAUGGCAUGGUUUACCUUGUUAAGACAGUUCUUUCUCUA